UUAUUGACAUAUCCACCACCACCAACUAAAUUUGCAUUAACUAUAACAAAUGAAGAUCUGUAUUGUUUAAAUGAAGGGGAAUUUCUCAAUGAUGUUAUUAUAGAUUUCUAUUUAAAAUAUUUAUUGUUGGAGAAGUUGAGUGAAAAAGAUAGAGAAAGAACACAUAUAUUUAGUUCAUUCUUCUAUAAAAGAUUAACACAAAAAAUUCCAAAGACAGCUGAAUCCACAGCUGAUCGAAAUAAACAACCACAUAUAAAACGGCAUUCACUUGUUAAAACAUGGACAAGACAUGUAGAUAUAUUUGAAAAAGAUUUUAUUGUUGUACCAAUUAAUGAACAUUCUCAUUGGUUCCUGGCCAUUAUUUGUUUUCCUGGGUUAGAAGAGCCUCAAUUCUGUCCAUUCUUACCAGUGCCAUUAAAAACACCUGAAUCUGUACCAGCAUCUCAUAAAGCAGCUGCUGCCUCCUCAAUACCCUGUAUACUAGUAUUUGAUUCACUUGCUGGACCUUCAAGAUCUGCUGUUUGUAGAAUAUUAAAAGAAUAUUUACAAGUAGAAUGGGAUAUAAAGAAAGGUACAGAAAGAAAUUUUAAAGAUAUUCGAGGUAUCUCACCUAAAAUACCCCAACAAAAUAAUUUUAGUGACUGUGGUAUCUAUGUUUUACAAUAUGUUGAAAGUUUCUUUGAGUGCCCAAUUAUGGAUUAUAGUUGUCCUAUGAAAGGUUUAGAUAACUGGUUUCUCCAUGAAGUAGUGGCCAAUAAAAGAGAAGAUAUCAGUAAUCUAGUGCUCAGAUUAAAAGACCUUUACCCUCUCAAGAAAAGUUGA